AUGGCUGCGCUGGCUCUUGUGAAAAGAACUCAUUGCACUUUGACAGCUAAGCACUUCGUGCGGCUUGGCUUGACGGUUGGACAGCCUGAGGACUAUCGGGAAUGGCAUCGUCGAAUCACGCUGUACCACCACAAAAUGAAAUUGGGAAAACGGGGUGGUGAAUCCAUUCUGAACAUUGUGAGUUCUCUUACUGGUGCUGCAUGGCGUUUGUUGGAAGAUUUUGAUGUUUCGACUGCAGAAGGUGAAAAUGCAUUUGAUGACAUCAUGAAGAAGGUGGAUCAACAUUUUCAAUAUGAUGACAGAGUUCGUUUGCCUGGGGACUUUGAUGCAUAUUUUGUUAUGUCCCGCAAAUCUGGACAGUCGAUCAUGGAAUAUGUGACUCGUCAUGAUGAAUACAACCGUAGGCUGCAGCGACAUGGCAUCGAGCUUCCUGAGUCAGUUCAGGGAUGGCACUUGCUUCGAAAGUGCAACUUGACCAAGGAACAGCGCCAGCUCAUCAAUCUCCGUGCCCCUCAGUUGGAAAAGAAGAAGGUCAUCGAAACUCUGUACUUGGUGCUUGGCCAAGACCAUCGUGCCGCAUCAGGUCCACUUCUUGAGCGUCGAUGGCAAGGAAAAGGGCAUCGUGGACGGUCCUACAGCGUCCAGGAUGAGUACGUGGAUGAUGAGAUCUAUGGUACCGAGGACUAUGAUGGUUCAGAGGCAUGGGAUGAGUCUGGAUACCAUGAAUGGGAUCCUUCACCAUCUCACCAUGAUGAGGCUGAGUACUACGAGGACCCCGAAGCUUUUGAUUCAAGUGCUGCAUACUACCAAUAUGAUGAUGAAACUGCUGAAGAGCAUCCCUGGCAUGACGUGGAAUCAUAUGACCAGGCAUAUGCAGCAUACUUGGAUGCCAGAAAGAGGUGUUUUGUCACCCUCCUCAGCUGGGUCAUCUCCCAAAGGGAAGAAGGGCAAGUCAAAAGGCACCCUCCUCAAAAGGCAAGCCUUCCUCCACCUACAUGUACACCUCCUGCGAAGGGUGUGGAUCCUCGUGGCCGCGCAAAGGCGACUUUGACUUGUCUCCGAUGCGGACAACCUGGCCACUUUGCAGCAAAUUGUCCAGUUCCUGCCAAAAGUGGGGUCAAGCGACCAGCAGUUGAGUCGAUGGCUUUGACUGAGAAUGCCCACGUGACUUUUCAAGAUGCACAAGGUCAUGAACGUCCUGAUGUUGCCAUGCUGGACCCAGGUGCAUCGGCAUUCUUGAGCGGCUUUGGCCCAGCUCGCAGGUAUCUGAUGUACCUCGAGGCCCAGGGUUAUCCCGUCGAUGAGGUCAAGUUCAACCGCUGCCGGCACAAGUUCCACUUUGGAGGAGACGGUGAAUCAUGGAGCCACUGGGUUGUACAAUUGCCCAUGUGCUUGGAUGGACGUUUGGGCAGCGCUCAGGUGUUUUUGCUUGCUGGUGAAACCCCAUUGCUUUGUGGCCGACCCAUCAUUGAGGCUCUUGGACUUUCAAUGGACUUUGCCUCACGAGCCAUACGAUUUCAUGAUGGGGCGUGGCAGGCUGCCACAAUUGGACUUCACGGAGAAUAUCUCUUGCCCCUUUGGAAUCCAGAGCAGCCGAUUAUGGACUUUGGGUCUUUGGACUUUGACCUGCGGCUUGCUCCGGAUGGGGAGGUGGAUCCACAAUGCAUCACCACCACUGAAGAAGCUGCCUUCUCCACGAUGGACUUCGAGGAGACUCCAUUGGACUUUGGAACGAAACGCGAGGAUUCCAAAAAGUUGCUGCUGCAGGCCAUCGCUCCAGAUGUAGACAAACACGCGCAGAUAAACGAAAUUGUUUACACAAGUCAUGGCCGGCUGUCUUCAGUAGCAGCUGCUCUUGGUGCUCGGGUGGAAGUCUUUGGCUACUCAACUGGCUGGGACUUUGAUGACCCACAGCAUCAAAAGCUCUUCUUGGAGCGAUUGGAAGCUGAAUGUCCGGAUGGGCUGUUUCUUUCUCCAUCAUGUGGACCCUGGUCGACUAUGCAGAACUUGAAUGCCCGCACGGAAGAACAGCAGCAUCAACUUCAAGAACUCCGUGAAUGGCAUCACUCCAGACAUUUGCAGUUUGUCAAGAAAGCCUACUUGACCCAAGUUCGACAGGGUGGACAUGCUCAUGUGGAACAACCAGCUCAUGCAUUGCCUUGGCGAACAUCAGCACUGGUCAAGCUUCCUGGCUACCACUGUGUUUUUGACCAAUGCCGUUUUGGCUGCAGUUGUCAGAAUGAUGAGGGUGACUGGCUUUUGGUCAAGAAACCCACUGCACUUCAGACCACCAAGCUCCGUCUUCAAGUUUUGGCCGCUGCUCUCAUGGUUGAUGAGCCUCCUUCCAUCAGUGAUUUUGUUGGUGCUGUUGGAGAAGAUCGCCAACAUGUGGGUGCUCUCAUCAAGCUGAUGGCAACCAACCGAGUUGAAGCAGUCCGAACGGUGCAGAGAUUGCAUCGCAAUCUUGGCCAUCCAUCAGCAGCCUCUCUUGUUGAGCUGUUGGAAAGCCGUGGAGCCUCUGAUGAAGUGAUGGAAUAUCAAUCAGCUGCUCUCCUUCACGGUGAACGCACUGAAGAUUACUGCAAAGCCUUGGAACGACACUGGUUUCGCCACUUUGGCACCCCUGCAGUUCUCAUCACCGAUGAGGGAAGAGGCAGGGCUUCGGAUGAGAUGGAAUCCUUCUUUGCUGAUCACAACAUCCGACAUGUGGUGGCACCUGGUGAAGCUCAUACGAGACUUGGAGCAGUUGAACGAAGACAUGCCAUCCUGCGCAAGAGCAUUGAGAUCUACAUGACGGAUCGCUCUUUGACUUCUCGCGAUGGACUUCGUGAAGCCAUGGCCUAUGUCCUUCCUCAGGUCAACUCAGCUCCUACUGUGGCCGGCUACUCGCCUUCACAAUGGGUUCUUGGAUUUCAACCCAACUUCCCUGGUGAUCUUCUUGGGGAUGGACUUAACCCCGCUCACCUGGGAGGUUCUGAGACUUUUGAAGCCCUGCUGCAACGACGAACUGCAGCGAAGAUGGCUCUUGUGAAGGCUGAUCAAGAUCAACGACUACGCCGUUCCCUCCUGAGAAAGUACUCCGGCACCAACACCCCUCUUCAGAGCGGCCAGACUUGCUGGUAUUGGAGGGAUGCCAGAGCAUCCGAUUUGGUGAAGAUUCGUUGGAAAGGGCCAGCUCGCGUGAUUUUGCGCGAGGAUGAUGAUGAAGGCAAACCAGCCAGACGCUCAGUGAUGGAGCUCAAGUCGAGAGGCAUCACUCGCUUCAUUGAUCUUGACAAGGCGAACAAACGACAGAUUGAGGAUAUCCAGUCUGAUGAUGAAGCCAUGGAUGAUGACCUUGAUGGCCCACCACGGCAGCGCCCUCGUCUUGACCUACCUGGCGUCACUGGUCCCAUGACACCUGCACCGGUGCCUGAGCCCUUGCUUGAGUUGGACGAGUUUGAUGUCAGUCCAACCCCAACGACACCACUUCCUGACUCUGAUGGUCAACCCAUUCCAGUUGAUGAUGAUGACAUGGCUUCAACGCCACUGGCUGCCCCACCACCUCUUCCGGCAGUUCCAGAAGUCCCUGAAAUACCUCUGGACGGAAUUGAUGAACCAGAACCUAGUGGAGAACCUUCAGUUCCUCCUUCCACCAGGUCUCUUGGACCACAACCAGCACUUGAUGCCGAAACAGCUGCCUUGUACGAACCUGCAGGCCCUGAGGAGUUUGCUCAGCGGCGACUUUGCUAUGAUCAGCAGGAGACGAUGAUGUUUGGUCCUGCAGUUCGACGGGUUCAACGCCCUUCACCAUACUCUGGCCAGCGAUCAAAUGACCCAUUUGCUCCAAUUGCACCACCACCUGAAUUUCCUCCUGAAGCUGAUGCACCACCACAGGAAGGUUUUUCUCAAGCUUUUGCAGUUGAAGAUCUUGGGUCAGAUCAACUACCUCCUGGCUGGCACAUGGACUCUGAUGGAUAUCUGUGCCUCACGGACCAGGUGGCUGACUUUUGGGAGGUCCGAGCCGGGUGUCUCAUUAGACAUCAUGUGAGCCCACGGCACUCCACCAUUGAUGUGAAGGAGUACAAGGACACCCCUGUUGACCCACAACACUUGGAUCCAAUUCGGGUCACGGUGAUGAAGUUUGGUGAUGGCAGCGUGCACAUCAAGAAUGAUGAUGGCUCUUCCAAGUUUUCAACUCAGCACUCUUGGGUUGGACGCACCAUUUACCAGCUCAAUGGCAUCAUUCGCAAAGAGCUCUGCAUGUACUCCAACAUGACUGCCCGCAAGAUUGCCCGGGACACCAAGACCAAGAUCAACCGGCAGACCAAGAAACAGGCCAAGAAGGUUGUCCUGGAACGUGAUCUUACAGUAGAUGAAAGAGCUCAGUUUCAGCAAGCCAAAUGCAAGGAGCUCCAGAGUUUCUUUGGGAAUGAUGUUUGGACGUUUGAUGUUGAGUCAAAUGCUGAUCCAGCCAGAACGCUGACAGCGCGAAUGCUUCUUUCUUGGGGCAAACAGCCUGAUGGAAGCCCACGAGCAAAAGCCCGUUUGAUUGUACAUGGCUAUGCUGAUGUGGAUGCCCUUCAUGGCAAUUUGGAGACGAGCAGUCCUACUACCUCUCGACUUUCGAGGUGUUGGUUGCUCUCCAUUGCCUCCAAUAUGGGCUGGCUCUUGUGGACAGCUGAUGUCAGCACUGCGUUUCUUCAAGGUCGUCCUCAAGAACGCCUUCUCUGGAUCAAGCUGCCGGCAGAUGCACUUCGACUUUUGGGUGCACCCCCUGAGGCCAGAAUGAAGCUCCAGAAGCCCUGUUAUGGUCAACUGGAUGCACCACGGAGAUGGUAUUUGGAGGCAGUGCGACGCCUUCAAUCUCUUGGCCUUCGCCAACAUGCCCUUGACCCCUGUGCAUUCCUCAUCUACGAGGCUGACUUCAAGGACAAGUUUGGAAUCUCAGACUCACCAUCCAACUCUUUGGGUGAGCAGGGUCUGGUUGGCAUGAUCAUUUUGCAUAUGGAUGACAUGUUGGGCUGUGGCGAUGCUACGUCAGUGGUGUAUCAAGGUGUGAUUCAGGAGCUUCGCAAAACGUUUUCAUUUGGUGAGUGGCAAGAUGGUGACUCGCUUGAGUACUGUGGUGCCAGCAUUGUCAAAGAUGCAGAUGGCAUACGUGUUGGACACCAGGCCUAUUUGAAAAAGAUCAAGCCCAUGACACUACCCAAGCAUGUUGGGCCUGAUCAUGAGCUUUCUCAACGUGAGCUGACGGAGUUGAGAGGCUUACUGGGAAGCCUACAGUGGCCUGCGGUUCAGUCCUCGCCGCACCUUCAAGCGAGCACAUCUAUGACCUCAGGAAGUGUUUCAACUGGCCGUGCACAGGCCGUGAUGGAUGCCAACCGACUGUUGAAAUUCGCCAAGGAGAACGCAGAUGUGGGUCUUUCAUACCCACCACUGGGCCCUGUCACGAACCUUCGGAUGAUCACUGCAUUCGAUGCUUCGUUCUGCAGCAGACCUGAUGGUUCGAGUCAGGGUGGAUACCUGGUUCUGUUGGCGCCGCGGCACAUUUUGGAGACCAAGGCAGCUGGCGUGGCGUCUGAUGCCACAGAAUUUGCCUGCAGGUAUUACGAGCACCUUCUCCAUCCUUUGGUCCCACUGGCUCAGCUCUUGCAGAUGACGUCUGUUUUGGAACCCGUGCUGAUGACGGACGCGAAAGCGGUGUUUGAUUCCUAUCACCGCGAAGCUUUGGCUUCAAAUGUCACCGACCGAAGAUCCAGUUUGGAGAUUAGGGUCGUGAAAGAGCAGAUCCAGUCACUUGGAGGGACGCUUCGUUGGGUCUCCAGCGACAGACAGCUGGCUGAUGGCUUGACGAAAGCCAGCAUGCGCCAGAACUUGGCCGACAAGUUGCGGCAUGGGCGCCUGAAGUUUCUCUAUGACCCUUACUAUGUGGCCGCGAAGAAAAAGACAGUUGCUGAGUGCAAAUUGGAAUUUGAAAGUUCCUCAAAGAGCCGAAACGUGAAGAAGAAAGUGGCUGCGUCCGAAAGACGCAUUCUGGAUGAAGAGGAACAGUGGAAAGUGCAGCAUGACCCACCAAAUGAGGGCGAAGCCUAUUCACCCCGCUUCGCGUGGGGUGGCCGCCCACACCGCAGGUUUAUUUCGGUCCGUGAGAGGGGCUAA